ACAGAACACGAGUUCGAGGAGACAAGCAACCCACAUCGGAAGUAACGUGUGUACCAGGCGGACAAUAAGUGAAGCCGCUUCCUCGCCGUCGCAAUCGCAUAGCGGAGACAAGCUUUGGCCAAUCGGGUGUUCGCCAUGGAGGGGCAGGCAAAUGAGGUCACCCGUGAGCCCCGCGAUGCCAAAAAAAUCUCCACAUGUGUCGUGCGCCAUUGCUUUAUACCCCAGGUCACUGUCUUGAUUGACUGUUCCUUCUCAAUUGACUUCUGAAAUUCCAAAACAUUAGUCAAAAUGGCAGGCCAAAAGACAGCGAUUCUGUCAGUCUACGACAAGACCGGUCUUCUUGAUCUGGCCAAGGGACUCCACGAAUGUGGUGUCCGACUACUCGCCUCAGGCGGUACGGCCAAGAUGAUCCGCCAGGCCAACUUCCCUGUUGAAGAUGUCUCUGCCAUUACCAAGGCACCUGAGAUGCUCGGUGGACGCGUCAAGACUCUUCACCCCGCCGUUCACGGAGGCAUUCUCGCGCGCAACCUCGACUCGGACGACUCAGACCUCUCCGCCAACAGCAUCGACAAGAUCGACUUCGUCGUAUGCAACCUGUACCCCUUCUCCGAGACCGUCGCGCGUAUCAACGUUACAAUCCCCGAGGCCGUUGAGGAGAUCGAUAUCGGAGGUGUGACUCUGCUCAGGGCCGCUGCGAAGAACCACGCGCGCGUCACCAUCAUUAGCGACCCCAACGACUACCAUGACCUUCUCACCGAACUCAAGAAAGAUGGCGAGGUCUCAGAGAACAGCAGGCAACGUUACGCGUUGAAGGCUUUCGAGCAGACUUCGUCAUACGACACUGCCAUCUCCGAGUUCUUCAGGAAGAAGUACGCAGGUGACGGCGACCAGUUCCUCACCCUCCGAUACGGCGCCAACCCCCACCAAAAACCAGCGACAGUAUCCAUGCCAGAGAAAUCUCUGCCCUUCAAGGUGCUCUGCGGUUCACCAGGAUACAUCAAUCUGCUUGAUGCACUCAACGCAUGGCCCCUGGUGCAGGAGCUGACCAAGGCGCUCAACUACCCAGCUGCGGCCAGCUUCAAGCACGUCUCGCCUGCUGGUGCGGCUAUCGGUGUCCCUCUCAGCGAGGUGGAGCGUAAGGUAUACAUGGUCGAUGACAUUGAGGGCAUUGAGAAGUCCGGUUUGGCACAAGCAUACGCCAGGGCGCGUGGUGCCGACAGGAUGUCAAGUUUCGGUGACAUGAUUGCUCUGUCAGCCGAGGUUGAUGUCCAGACCGCAAAGAUUAUCAGCCGUGAAGUCUCCGACGGUGUCAUCGCACCUGGCUACAGUGCUGAAGCUUUGGAGAUCCUUAGCAAGAAGAAGGGCGGAAAGUACCUGGUUCUCCAGAUGGACCCUGAAUACGUUCCAGGCCCUGAGGAGACCAGGACUGUCUUCGGCAUCACGCUCAAGCAGCACCGUAACGACGCUAAGAUCGUUCCUUCCGAUACCUUCAAUACUGUCAUUGUGCCCAAGAACUCUGGAGCUCUGCCCGAGUCGGCUCAGCGAGACUUGACUGUUGCCACUAUUGCGCUCAAGUACACCCAGUCUAACAGUGUCUGCUACGCGCUCAACGGCCAGGUCAUUGGCCUUGGAGCUGGUCAGCAAUCACGCAUCCACUGCACUCGCCUGGCUGGUGACAAGGCUGACAACUGGUGGAUGCGUUUCCACUCGAAGACGCUGAACCUCAAGUUCAAGAAGGGCACCAAGCGCCCCUCAAAAUCCAACGCCAUCGAUCUCCUGUGCUCUGGCCUUGUCCCUGAGGCGGGCAUUGAGCGCGAUGACUUCGAGGCCAACUUCGAAGAGGUACCCCAGCCAUUCACCGCAGAUGAGCGCAAGGAGUGGCUCUCCAAGAUGGAGAGCGUCGCUAUCAGCUCGGAUGCCUUCUUCCCAUUCAUCGACAACGUCUUCAGGGCGCACAGGAGUGGUGUCAAGUACAUUGCUGCGCCCACUGGAAGUCAGAACGACGGCGCAGUAAUGGAGACGGCCGAGAAGUUAGGCAUGACCUUUGUUGAGCAGCACAUCCGGUUGUUCCACCACUAAGAGAUUGAUGACGAGGAAGUUUGGAAAUGAUACCUGGCGAUGACAUUGACGUGCAAUGAACUGGCUACAUGAAAAGUCUUGAUGAGACGAGACGAGAUUACGAUACCUUCAAAAUGUGGAUACUUCAACAUUCCAACUUGGCAAUUUUUGAAUCUUGUGCCGCGA